AGAGAGAGAGAGAGAGAGAGAGAAGAGAGUGCGAGGUGACCCGAGCGAGAUGACGAGUCGGACGGGGUCGGUCUCUGAAGCUCAUCAUCGGCGAGGGCCAAAGGCCGCGAAGCGCGCAACGUAUCAUUCCCAGACAGACAGAUAGACAGAUCGACGAAGCUGCAUUCCUUGUAACCUCGAGACGGCGCGGAAACAGCGCGGCCGACUGUUUUCUCUCGGAAGAUUGUACAUAAAGAAUCAAUGCACGCGCGCGCCAUCGAGCGCUGACCGGCCGAGUUGCGCGCGAACUUUGACACGCGUCACAUGUCGCGCGCGCGCUCUCACACCUGACACACCUGAGCGAGCCGCAAGAGGAAAGGUGUUAACGCGCGUGUUACGCGUGGACGCGAAUCCGCCCGGACCACUUGGAAUGCACGAGACUAUCUCCCGUUCCUCCUCCGGCGAGUGCCCUCGCGAUUCUAAGGCGAGGACCCUCCUCCCUCGGCCUCCCGCAGCCGCGUAACCCACGAUCGAUGAUCCGCGCGGACAGCGCGAGUGACCGAGUGGCUGCGGGCCGCGCGUCGAGACGAUCCCGCGACUUCCGUUCCGAUUAAGCCGACCGCGCGUCGAUCCGGCCGUCGAGCGCGCGCGCGUGCGCGCGCGCGCGCGGCGCUCGCCAAGAGUGCAGCGAACGAGGGCGGGCGGACGGGUGCGCGAGAGGGGGGGAGGGCGGCCGGGGGUGAGUGGGUGCAUGUGAAUGUGCGCGCACGUGCGUGGCUCUGUGCGAAGUGCAUAAACCGACGAUGGGAUAUCGGUGAGAUCACGAGGUCACCGCAGAAUGCCUGAGCCGAGGGCAAAGCGCUGUAAACACUGUGACGAGUCUGGCCACAGGUUGGACAGCGGCUCCCCGUUCUGGAGGAUUCAGCUCGACCAAGAUCUUCUGGACACCAUCAGCGCGAUCUAUCCGGAGUGGUUUAAGGAUUACACCAACAGCCGAGCAUCGACGUCGUCUUCGUCGUCGUCCUCCUCCUCUUCCUCCUCCUCCUCUUCCUCCUCCUCCACGUCCUCGAGCACUUCCGGCGCGCAAUCCUGCAGCGACAGCGCCACCGUGGUCGUCGUUAGCAGCAGCGGCGGCGGCGGCGGCGGCGGCGGCGGCGGCGAGCACAAGGUCGCCAAGGGCGAAGUCGCCAAGCCGAAGUCCAAGACGAAAAAGUCGGACGGCCACAAGGAUAAGGACCGGGACAGGAAGGACCCUAAGCGCGACGCCAAGGACCAGAGGGACGCUGGAAACGGCAAGAAAGGGACAAAGUCAUCGCCGCAGCAGGAUAAAGCAGCGGCGGACAGCGUUGUCGCGGGCAGGAAGGCCGCCGCCGGUGUUCCAGGAUCGGGAUCGGAGAUGGCCGAGGGCAAUCAGUCGCCGCCGAAGGCGGAGGUCGACGAUUCACCGCUCCAGCACGCCAUGGACCGCAACAAAGAAUCGCUGAAGGUGAAGCUCAUGCUGAGGCGACCCAUCAAUCAGCUGGUUGCGCAAGGCAUCAUGCCACCGCUGAAGACGCCGCCGGCGUUCCACGAGCAACGGAAGCAGCUGGAGCGAGCGAAAACGGGCGAUCUGCUGAAGGCGAAGAUCCAGCAACGACCCGGCAGGGACGAGCUGGUUAGGCAACACAUCCUCGAGGAUGUGGGGCAUGUGGAUCCGAGCCUGGCCGAACGGCAACGGAUGCUGAAGAAGGCCAGGCUGGCCGAUCAACUCAACGAUCAGCUCAGCCAUCGACCCGGCCCGCUCGAGCUCAUUCAGAAGAACAUCCUUCAUACUGAAGAACCCAUCGAGAGGGCGGUCAAAGAGGGUCACAUUCCCUUCAAGGCCACUUGCGAGGGGCAAGUGACGAAGCCCCAGCACCCGGACCACUAUAUCACCUUCGAGGAUGACUCCCAAAGCUCAGAGGGUGCGCCUUCACCUCAGCUGGAGUCGCGAUCGGAUGUUCUCGAAACCGCGGCGGCGUCCGCGGGCAUCGUUACGGUUUCCCUCAGCAUACCGACGACCGGCGGCGCCGUCGUGGUCUCGUCGACGUCUCCGGUCUUCCAGCAGACAUCCACGGAGUCGACGAUACAGACCUUCGCCGAGCUUUGCAACACGGUCGUGGGCACGCAGCAGCAGCAGGGCCAGCAGCAGCAAGCCCAGCAGAGUCAGCAGCAGCUCACUUCCACGCAGGCGAGCCAGACGAAUGGUCCGUCGACGACUCUCCUGCCAUUGGCGCCGGCGCCGAGCCCGAUGUCCCUCGGCUCGACGACGUCCAGCCUGAGCCCGCUGUCCAACAUUUCGAUAGCUUCGCCCCCGGCGCCGCCACCGGCGGCGAUCACCCCGCGACCCCAGCCGAGCCCGAUAGCCGCCGCGGCCGCCGCCGCCGCCGCCGCCGCAGCCACCACGUGCCAAAGGAGCGACGCCCCCGGGAAGGACAAGAACAGAAAGAAGUCGAAGACCAAGAGCCAGCCCAAGACCCGCACGAUCAAGUUCCACGAGUACAAAGGACCGCCGAACGCGCAGAAGACGCCGGUGUCGUCCAGCACUUCCGGCCUCGGCACCGCGCCGCCCGGCGAGACCAGUUACGAGCUGCUGCUGCAGCAGCAGCAGCUCUUCCUGCAAUGGCAACUCGAAUGGCAGCACAAGUAUCCGCAAAUCAUCUUGCCGGCGGCGCAAAAACCACUGUCGCUCAGCAGCAGCGGUGCGAGUGACGCCGGUAGCGUGAGCGGGAGCAGCGCGAACGCCAGCCCGGCACCCUCGAAUUCCUCGAACAAUCCGUCGGAGCAGCCCCCGCUGAGGCCCCUGGGCAAGCUAGAGGACAUGAAAGUGAGCGACCUGAAGGUGGAGCUGAAGCGACGGAACCUGCCGGUGUCGGGCUCGAAGCCACAGCUGAUCGAACGACUGAAGCCUUUCACGGAGUCGUCCAGCGGCAACGCGAAUUCCAAUUCCAACGGGCCGCAUGUCACGCACAUGGGUCACAUCCUGAUGGACACACCCGGCUUGGUGACGACGGACGAGUCCAGUUUGCAGGCGAAGAGUCCUAGCUCUACCGUGAAAGACGAGCCGAACAGCCCGCGCACGGCUUCGCCACAUAGCAGCGAACACGACGACCCGUCGAGUCCGCCAGGAGAUGAUAUCAUCAAGGAACAGAGGAAACGGAUAGAGGAGUUGCAGCGCGAAUUGUACAAGUCGCAGCAGCAACUGCAGCAGAUUCGACAAACGCAGCCGGCGACGGUACGCGCUGAGAAGCUGGUGCUUCAGCAACACAUACAGAACAAGAUGCAGCAACAACAGCUGGCACUGCACUUGCAGCAGCUCCAGCAUCUUCAGCAACAGCAGCAACAACAGCAGCAGCAGCAACAGCAGCAGCAGCAGCAGCAGCAGCAGCAACAGCAGAGCCAGCAACAGUCGCAGCAGCAACAGCAGCAACAACAACAUGCUGCGUUCCAGCAACUCAACGCGAAGGCGAGUCUCGCUGCUUUUCUGCAGGCGCAGCCAAACAACACGACCGCUAUCCUCGACUCCGCGACUCUCACCGCGAUCAACAACAAGAAAAACCAGUCGAAAAAUAGCACCACUGUGCAGAUACCUACGGCCAUCGUCUUGAACCUGGCGAAACCGACCAAGCUGAAUGGCUCGUUGCUCGGUGCUCUUGUGGCGCAGGCGCAAGCUCAACAGCAACAGCAACAGCAACAACAAAAUACCACCACCACCACCACUGAGGACACCAAACCGCCGCCACCACAAUACGACGAAGCCGCUAAAUUGCUAAAGGUGAAGAUCGAGCCGGUCCAGAAGAGCCACAUAAAGAGCCAAGUGGUCGACGACGUGCUCGAGAUCCUCAUCAAAAACGGCGAAUUGCCGCCGAGCGCCGCGCAAGAUCCGGCCACCCCUACGACCCCGAAUCGCCAGCUGCAACAGAACCUGGUGUUCACGGCGCCAGCGGACAGUCCGACUCAGUCCCUGGUGUUCACGGCGGCGAGUCCGAUGAGCCCGAUCAGCCCGAUACCGAUGGAAGUGUCUCAGAGCACCUGCCCGAGCCCGUCGACGCCGGUACCGCCGCCACCGCCGCCCUUACCUCUGGCGACGUUCUCCAUUCAGUUACCCACUGCACUACAGCCGCUGCAGCAACAGCAACAGCAGGAGGAGAUCUCGUCCUUCAGCACGGACCUGUUGACCUCCGAGGCCGAGUUGGACGCCGCGAUGUUGCUUAGCCCGCAGUCAGUGCAACAGGCGUCCCCGGACCCGCAGCCGCCGCAAGAGGUGACUUCGUCGGACAACGCCAACUUAGAUCUCAAAGAACUAGGACUGGACCUAGAGACGUUGGAUCCAAUGGACUUUGGUCAACUGGACUGUGACCUGGGAGUUAAGAUGGAAACCCCUCAGGAACUGAUGGAUAUCGGAGACAUGCCGAUGGACAUGGACGAUCCUGAUUGGCUGGAUUCCUUGAUGCCCCAAUCGCCGCCUGACUCCACGGCGUUGUCCAAUCAUCAGGCCACUCCGUCGAUCAGUCUCUCAUCCGCCACAGAUAUCUACGAUCCGCUGUUGGGCAGCAGUCAGUAUCCCUUUGAUCUCUUCAACAUGGAAGACUCCGACUUCAAAAUGUCGUCAGAUUUACCAAUGACCUGGGACAAAGUGGACUUUGCGACCUAGCCCGAAGUGCUCUCUCGGAAUCCGGCGUUGUGUACUUAAUAUAUAUUUGAGAAGGUAAUCAAAACGUAUAUAUAUCUCUCUCCGUGAGAAAAACAGAGAAACCACCGAGAGA